AUGAAGAUAUAUUUCCCCCGUCAGGCAAACACCUGUCAAGCUCCAUUGCAGUUUUACAGAUGUUCUAAAGGGGACUUUGUAGGAUGCUGCACUGCUGACCCUUGCGAUACUGGCGUUUGUCCCGAUGGCGAUGGUCCAAAAACAACAGCAGAUACGACAACGGCAGCGGCGGCGACCUCAUUGCCAUCAACGGCCACAAGUACAGAAGAAACUACAACAUAUCCCGUUUCUAUCCAGAUCCCACAGUCGAACACGGAAACUUCCAGUAUCGCCACUACUUCUUCAGGUACUCAUUCAGAUUCGAUAGUCCAGACGACUCAACCGAUCACUUCGCAGCACACAUCUACGACUUCGACUACAUCAGCUUCCAGAGCUAUAGGAACGUCUUCUGGUACAAAUGCUGCUUUUGCUUCUGCUACGAGCAACUCAAGUUCUGGUUCUCAUUCGGGAAGCAAUGGUGGGUUAUUGGGAGACGAAGAAAACGCGGACGACAAUCUUCAAGAACAGGAUGGUGUCUCUGUGGCAGAAAUGAUAAAACUCACAGAGGACCUACUGAUGCCAGUGCUGCAGAAGGGUUCCUCUGCGCUCGUGGAAGAAGACAUUCGGUGGAAGAACGUCUUGUCUGAAUCUUCGACAGUCCCUUCCGGGACAUCGGACUAUGAAAAGAAAGCGUCACCUAGCCUGGGUUCGCCUGGGAAAGCCGGUGGUGGAAGAUUAAUGACAACUCUUGAGGAAGACCCAUGUCCUUUACUUGCAAGCAACCCCGUCAUUCCGACAGCUGAAUUACCAGCCUCGAUUCCUUCAAGGCCCGACACCACCCCCGAACUGGCAGACACUGGAAGAAGCCCGGGCCGUUCGGAGUUACCACCUCAUGCUGAUCGCGAAUUAAUAAAUAUACCGAUCGAGGCAAGAGCGAACGCUAGGUCUUGGAGGGUGAACAGGAACCAUGGUCCUGUAACCAGCAACCAGGCACAUAUAAAAACUACUCGCGAUGGUGCCAUCAUGCGACCCAACAUGAAUCAUGAAUCAGAAGAGGAUACACCAUCCAGCUAUCUGCGGGAAAGGGGGCACAUUAUGAGUUUCAUGCAGUAUGGCAAUUACAAUGGCACGCCUCCGAACUCCGAAGCGGGUUCGCAGAGACCGACUCCUAUUCCUCAAAUUGAAAUAAGCCCACCUAUGCAGGAUGACGCAGAGGGACGCGAGUCCGGGACAAUGCCAUCCUCAUCGUCACACCGUGUCGGGCUUGGGCUAAGCGGCAUAUAUAUGCGUCAAACCUGA